UCCAUCUUUUGCAGAAAUGGUGAAGCUCCGGUCGUUCCUGGAGGUUCAAGCGUCGCAACCCCCUCUUCCCUCUCCGCCGGCCGACCCGGAACCUUCUCUCCCGACUCAGCCAACCGACCCGCAACCCGGCAUAGAGGCCGCCCCGCUGGAGGUUGAGGCUGGGCGCCCUUUGAAGAAGGCGAAGACAACCCCGUCGAGGGGUCCUGAGGCGGGCCACCGCCGUGGCGGGGCCGGACCUAGCCGACGGGUAACUGGGAAAGGCCCGCGCCCCGUCUCCGUGCGCGACCUGUGCCGACUCCCAGCCGGAGAUGGGGAGCCGUUCCUGACGCGGCUGGCGAGCGAGAUCCCGCUCGCUGAGUCCGGCGAACCCUUGGUGGCGCGUUGGGAAGGCCUGUCCCGAGGGGACAGGGUGUGGGCCAGAGGAGAUCCCUCCGCAGCGUUUCUCCGAGGCGCGCUCCAUCCCGACAUGGCUCGGGAUCUGUACAUUCUUCCUUCGGAUGCGCUGCUCAAUAAGUCCGCCCAGUCUUUGGUCUGGGGGCUCCACUAUGCGACGACCCUGAUGGACAGGGUGCGCGACGUCGGCCGGGUCAUCGGGGGCCUUGCCAACCGCAAUGCCGAGCUCGUCCGCCAGGUCGAGGAGGUUCGAGCCGGAGCUGGUCCGGAGGCCGUGGCGGCUGCCGAGCAGCGGGCGGCGGAUCUGGAAGCGGAGGCGGCACGCCUCCGAUCGGAGCUCGAGGCCUCCAAGAAGGCGAACGAGGGGCUCCAAAAGACAAUAAGGGUGGAGCGGACUGAGCUCCGCCUGGUGAAGACGGAGGCGAGCGCCCUCAGCAAGAAGCUGGAGGAGGCGAAGGUCGAAGCAAGGACGGCCUCGGAGACACUGGCGGAGGAGGCCCGGCUUCGACCCGUAAAAGACAAGGAGCUCCUCGAGGCCUACAAGAAAUCGGAGGGGUUCAAGCUCAGGCUGACGCGGACGGGGCGGGUAUCCUUCGAGUACGGUUACCGUAUCGCCACGUCCCGCUUCCGCGCUCGCCACCCUGGUCUUGAGGUGGAGGAGAACCCCUUCGCUCCUCACCUCGAGGACCAGGGGGUGGACAUGCUCGAGGAGGUCCCCUUCGACGACCGCCUGGAGGAGCCCGGGCAAUGAAGAAAGGAGUCCUGUAUUUUAUUUUGCUAGUCGGUCGGUUUUUUGUAAGUCAG